AUGGAUAAAGGCUUGGGCACAUUGUAUAAUAAGCUAUCGAAUCUUUUUCAUCCUAAUUCAGCGACGUCAACAACGUCUUCUUCAGUGCCAUCAUCAUCGUCUGCACCUGAAGCCAAUUCAUUAUCAACAUUCUUUGAUCGAAUAGUUCCAUCACCAGGCGAACAACGUCGUGCCACUUCUCGAGUCGUUCGACAAAUCUCAAUCAAAGCAAACGAUAUGUCGAAACGCGAAAAUUCCAUCAAAGAUAAGCAUGCUGAUCUACUCAAAAGUCCGUCUCCAUUACCAAAUGAAUCUACUAUGUCAGUGCCAGGUAUGGAUGAUGCGGAGUUUCGACGUCGAGGGAAGGAAAUGAUUGAUUACAUUGCCGAUUAUCUGAAAAACAUCAAUGACCGUCGAGUGACACCCGAAGUCGAACCAGGUUACCUACGACCAAUGUUACCCAAGAAUGCACCAGAAAAGAGUGAAAAGUGGGAUGAUAUCAUGAAAGAUCUGGAAAGAACUAUCAUGCCUGGCAUCACUCAUUGGCAACAUCCACGUUUUCACGCAUAUUUCCCAGCUGGUAAUAGUUAUCCAUCCAUACUGGGUGACAUGCUAUCGUCUGGCCUUGGAAUUGUUGGGUUUUCGUGGGCAGCAAGUCCGGCUUGUACCGAGUUGGAAACAAUCAUGCUCGAUUGGAUCGGUCGUAUGAUGGCAUUACCGGUCGGUUUUCUUCCAUUCGACCCGAAACGUGAUAAUAAAGACAGUGAUGAUGAAGAGGAGGAAGAAGAAGAAGAGGAAGAGGAAUUGUCACCUGAAAGUGAUGAAGAAUCCAGCGGAGAUAACCUACAUGAAACAAUGAGCAAUGGUCACGGACAAAAGCAAACGCGACACAUCGGUGGUGGCGUACUACUCGGUUCGGCAAGUGAAUGUAUUCUCGUGGCAAUGUUAGCUGCACGUACAAAGAAAAUCACCAGUAAACGUCAAGCCGAUCCACUUAUGGAAGAUGGUCAAAUUCUCGCUCGAUUGGUUUGCUACACGUCAAAACUGGCACAUUCAUGCGUAGAAAAAGCCGGUCUUAUCGCAAUGGUUCGUGUACGACAAUUAGCUGUGGAUGAACAUUUUUCACUGCGUGGUAAAACAUUAGAAGAAUGUAUUCGAGCUGAUAAAGAAAAAGGAUUAAUACCAUUUCUGGUUUCGGGCACAGUGGGAACAACUUCGUGUUGUUCGUAUGAUAAUUUAGAAGAGAUUGGUGAAAUAUGUCAACGUGAAAAACUCUGGUUUCAUGUCGACGGUGCCUAUGCUGGCAGUGCUUUUCUCUGUGAAGAACAUCGAUACAUUAUGAAAGGUUUACAUUAUGCAGAUUCUUUCAAUACCAAUCCAAAUAAAUGGUUACUGAUGAAUUUCGAUUGUUCAUGUUUUUGGGUUCGAGAUAAAUUUGCGCUGAUUAACGCUAUGUCCGUAGAUCCACUCUACCUUCAACAUAAACAUGCACAGAAAGCAGUAGAUUACCGACAUUGGGGUGUUGCGCUGAGUCGUCGAUUUCGUUCCCUUAAACUUUGGUUUACGAUUCGUAGUUAUGGUAUUGAAGGUCUUCGUCAUUAUAUCCGAGAACAUUGUCGGCUGGCCAAAGUCUUUGCUUCGUUGAUCAGCACCGAUAAUCGGUUUGAGAUCAUUGGUGGUGUGACAUUGGGUCUCGUUUGUUUUCGUCUAAAAGGCAGUAAUAAGCUAAGUCAAAAGUUACUUUUAUCAUUGAAUGAUUCUGGCUGUAUCCAUAUGGUACCAUCGAUGGUCAAUGAUAUCUAUAUCAUUCGCUUUGCUGUUUGUGCCAAAUACGCCACUGACGACGACAUGCACGUGGCAUUUCGCAUAAUUCAAGAACACGCAAAUGAUGUUUUAGAAGAAUAUCGUGCCCAGCGCAAUGGUCGGCAUUCAUCAUCAAAUGAUUCGCUUGACGCAAAUACAAAACAAAACGCUGCCAUAACGAAUACUGAACAUGAUACAGCUGUAUCAGAAGAAACUGGUGAUCCGGAGGUAUUACCAGAAACACCAGUUGCUCCGACUACUUUUUCACCGACGAAAGCUCGAGCUAAUACAAUAACAACAAUGACUCCACAUCAUCGUGUAACAUUUGAAAAGCCAGUGUCGAAUCUGCUGAAAGACAAACGAUCACGACCAAUGUUUGUUCGCAUGGUCUCGGACGCGAAAUUGUACUAUCCGAAACGAACUAUCUCUCAAUUAGCACGACAAUCAUCAUUAGCAACACCUCGAGCACGCAAACGAAUCCAAAGCGAUUCGGGCAACCACGCGACAAGAUCCUCAAGUGAAAAAUACCUAUCUCGCACGGUAAGUAUUUUGGAAACAGUCAAUUCUGACGAAGGCGAACUUGAUGAUAAACAAUGA